AUGCCUAUCUUCCGUCCAGCAACCGCCCUCAACGCCCUCACAAGACGAGCAUCGCCACUCAGCUGUCAACGCCUUUCCAUCCGAACUUUGACCAGCAGUUCCCCUCGAUAUGCUCAACCCGGUUAUGGAGACAUGGAUGGAAAUCCUAUAGCCAAAGAUCCCCAGAAUCAAGGAGCUUCCAAUGCCACAAAACACAACGCAGAACAUCCUGGGCCAGCCCCUCCUGCAGAAGGAAAAGGAUCUGGAGCAGGCCCUACGAAAGGCGGGGAUACACCAUCACCCUCCAACUCCUCUGGAAAUUCCAAAAACUCGAACUCAACUUCAAAAUCUCAUUCUGGUAAAACACCCGAAGAUGCAUCGGCACAAUCAGGAGGUGCAAGAUCAAAAGAAGUGGAGGAAACGGGAUCGAGUCCUACAGCAGGAAAGAUAGUGGAGCAAGGAGAGAAAAGCUCGCAGCAGAAGGGAGAAGAUGACAGUAGUAAGAACACUCAAAAGAAGGGAAAGGGAUCCCCAAAGAUCUUGGACCAGGCAAAACCUAUGGUUGACAGCGAGGGAAAGAGGGAGAAGGUGGAGAGACAUAACAAACAGUUUGAAAAGGGUCAUGAUCAUUGA